AUGCCGAUGUACAAAAUGUAUGCUUCUCUCUGUGUGGCUGCGCUUUUUGGGCUUCCUGCAGUUCAUGCUUUGAUACGGGAGAAUAGCGUCGGCAAGCUCCCAGCUUUAGGAUGGAAUUCAUGGAACGCCUAUGCUUGCGAUAUAAACGAAACCAAGAUAGUGGCAGCAGCCAAUGCAAUCGUAAGCCUUGGUCUCAAAGACGCCGGCUACGAGUACGUGAACAUCGAUGAUUGCUGGGCAGUGAAGUCAGGUCGCAGCAACACCACCGGCGAACUCCUUCCCGAUCCCGUGAAGUUUCCCUCGGGUAUCUCAGGCGUCGCCGACACUGUCCAUGGCCUCGGCCUGAAACUGGGUAUCUACGGAAGUGCAGGUACAGAAACCUGCGCUGGGUAUCCCGCGCAAAUCGGCCAUGAGAUGCUCGACGCCUCGACCUUCGCCAGCUGGGGCAUUGAUUAUUUCAAAUACGACAACUGCUAUGUACCUGCCAACUGGAGUGAUCCCUACAUCGCCUGCGUUCCCGACCACUGGCAAACUGAUGGGCCAUUCCCCAACGGCACCUGUCCAGUAACCAAUACCACCGCGCCCGCAGGAUAUGACUGGGGCAGCAGUCCCACGGCCCACCGAUACGCCAUCAUGCGCGAUGCGCUCCUAGCCCAAAACCGCACCAUCCUCUACAGCCUCUGCGAAUGGGGCGACGCAGCCGUCGACACCUGGGGCAACUCCACGGCCAAUUCCUGGCGCAUGUCGGGCGACAUCGACCCGUCCUGGUCCCGAAUCGCCGAGAUCCUGAACGAGAACUCCUUCCAGCUCAACUCGGUCAAUUUCUGGGGCCACAACGACGCCGACAUGCUGGAGGUUGGUAACGGUGACUUGACGCUACAGGAGACGCGCUCGCAUUUCGCGUUCUGGGCGGCUAUGAAAUCGCCAUUGAUCAUUGGUACGGAUCUCUCUGUCCUCCCGACGGAUCAUGUCGAUAUCUUGAAAAAUAAAUACUUGCUUGCGUUCUCGCAGGACGAGGUCUUUGGAGGACCAGCGACGCCGUAUAAAUGGGGUGUGAACCCGGACUGGACCUUCAACUAUACGAACCCGGCCGAAUACUGGAGCGGGCCCUCCACAAAAGGAAUGCUAGUCCUAGCCCUAAACACACUGAAUGAGACGGCAGUGAGGGAGAUCAAGUGGAAAGAGGUGCCGGGGCUAGAAAAAGGCUGUGAUAGCUUUCAGGUUACGGAUAUUUGGAGCGGUAGGGAUCUGGGCUGCGUUUCGGGGGGGAUCAGGAAAAAGGUGGAGGCUCAUGAUACGAUCGGCUUUCUGGUGGGGAAGAAAUGUGAGGCUUGGGGUUGGAGAUCUUAG